ACAAUAAGAACUUAUGUGAAAUAUUGAGUUUUAUUUCUAAUGUUCAAAGAUGUAGUUUACAAACUAAAAUUGAAAUGUUGUAAGCAUGUAUAUAAACAUACAAAGUGUAUUCAAAAAGUAACAGGAUUUUAAAGUUUCAUGGGUGUGGAGAGUUCACUUCUCCUUUUUUUAUUAUAUUGGUAAUCAUGCUUCUGAAGUAUAACAGAAUUUACAGCUGUAUUUAUUUUGUACUUUUUUCAGUGGCAGCUGCUAAGAUUAGAUAUGUUUUAUGAACAUUUGUUAUCAGAAUUUGUAUCAAAUAUUGUGUGUAAAAUGAAAGAAAGUGUAACAAAAUGUGUGAAAUGUUAACAAAGGCCUGUGGUAAAUCUGCUAUGAGUAAAACAAUGGUUUACGAGUUGUAUAAAUGUUUCAAAGAUAGCUGUGAAGACACUGAAGAUGAUAAACACUCCAGACACCCUACCAUAUCAACAGCUGAUGAAAACGUGAAAAAAGUGGAAGAAAUGGUUACAAACGAUUGCUGUAUUUACGAUCAGAGAAGUCGCUGAUGUUGUUGGCGUAUCGAUUGGUUCAUGUAAUGAAAGUUUUUCAAAUGUUUUGGGUAUGAAACAUCAGGCAGGGAAUGAAGUUGCUCAGGAAUCACUGUAUGAAGUCAACAACGAAAAAUUACUGAAAAGUGUAAUAACAGGUGACAAAACAUGGAUUUAUGGAUAUGAGGUCAAAACUAAGGCUCAAUCAUCCUAGUGGAAGCAUUCUAGAUCGCCAAGACUAAAAAAGGGUUGAUAAGUACAGUUGAACAUGAAGGUUAUGCUCGCUGUGUUCUUCGAUUUUAAUGGCAUCAUGAAUUCUUGCCACAGAGUCAAUAAGGAAUACUACCUGUAAAUUCAACGCCGUUUGUGUGAACUAAUCCAAUAAAAACACCUGGAUUUGUGGUAAAACAAUUCAUGCUUUUGCACCACGACAAUGCACUAAGGCUCACUUUUCAUUCCUUGUUUGUGAUUAUUUUGUUCAUGAACAGUACUGUAACGAUGCCUCAUCCUCCAUUUUCUCCAAACAUGGCUCUGUAACUUUUUUAUUAAAAAAACCUUAAAGAGCCCUUGUUUUACAAGCAUAAGUGACAAUGAAAGAAUUCAAGGUUAUCCCAAAGGUUGUGUUUGAGAAGUGUUUCAAGGAUAGGAAGAAGCACUGGCACAAGUGCAUAAUAUCUAAUGGGGACUAUUUUGAAGGUGACAUUAAUGUAGACGAAAAAUAUUUUUUUCAAAAUAUUAAAAUUUCUGUUACUUUUUGAACGUAUCUCUUACACAUAAAUACACAAUAAAAUUUAGCUUUGUUUUAAUUUUACCAAAACUGCUUGAAGGAAUAAGGUGCAAUUUGGACCAGAUAAUCCUUUAACCUUGUUCUCGUCUGUAUCACUGAAAAGUCUAAUGACCAUUUGACAAAAUUGCUUCAUUGAUGUAUAGCUGGAAACAGAACGAUAGAAAGAGCCAUUUAUCAAUAAACAGAACUAAAGAGGUCAGUAACAAAAAGGAUUUGGAAAAACACUUCUUGAAUUUGAGGAGUGAGGUUCACAAUGAGCUGACAACCAUCAAGAUCCUUCUGCUGAAGAUAAAUCAAGAAGUGGCCAACUUACACCAUGCUCUAAGUCCUCAAGUCAACAAGACGUGCCAAACCAGCAAUUCUGAAGAAGGCAAUCCUAACAUCGUUGUCAGAGGACCUAGAGAUUCUGAAAUAAACCAAUAUAAUGCUACCAUCCACAUAGAUCAAAAUGGAAACAAUGUUUUUUCCUACUUUUGGCGAAUUGUAGAAAUAAGGAGUAAAAUUGUUCAGCAGACUCAAGCUGUCUUGCGUAGUCCUAGCUUCUACGUCAAUCAACAGUACAGAAUGUAUAUUAAACUACUACCUCAUCAGGAUAAAGGAAGUGUUUACGUUCAUGUCGGGCUGACUCAUGGACAUUAUGACAACCUGCUACCUUGGCCCUUUCGGUUGAGACAUAGGGUCUCUGUAGUCGACCAGACAUUGCAGGAACCACAGGAUCUCGCCUCCCGUAUCUGGGACCCUACAGUGCUUUGUAGUGUUUCUGACUGGCGGCAACCUCUCCCUACUCGAGACAACGACGAGUGUGUGGGCUUCGGUUUCACUCAAUCGACCAUCUUCUCCCAGGACUAUGUCCACAAUGACUCCAUCAUCCUUAGACUUGAUGUGUUCCUACAAUAAUUCAAAACAAACAUAAUAAAAAAAAAAAAAUUCCAUGUAUUUUUUUGCUUCAUACAAUAACUAAUAAAAGUUUAAAUGAGUUUAGAAUCUUCAGUUCCUAUUCAUUCAUCUCACAAAUAACUUCCAAAGAUGUAAUGUAAAUGAGUAAAUAAAUUGAUUUCAUAUA